ACCCCACCCAAAAGUCAACUCCAUCUCUCUCUCUCUCUACUUCACCUCCUCCUCCUCCUCCUCCUCCUCUUCUUCUUAUUCUCAUUUCUCCCAUUUUCCUCUCCACUAUGCAAUGAAUCUUUAACCUUUUUGAAGGUUUCUAAAGUAAAAGCCUUUAAAUUAUUUCGAUUUUCUGAGUUUUUUGUUUUGUUUCCAUGGGAAACGGCGUAGGAAAGCUCAGUGUUUGUUUCAGCAGCGGCGGCUCUGUGGAGGGUCGUCGCAGGAAAGAUUUCCCUCUCAUGAUUUCCGACCCGCUUGAAGAUUUGGGUCAUUCUUUUUGUUAUGUUCGACCCGAUCAGGCCCGGAUUUCAUCCUCCAAGGUUCACUCAGAGGAGACCACCACUUUCCGGUCAAUCUCCGGUGCCUCUGUUAGCGCCAACACUUCUACGCCGCUCUCCACGGCGUUUGUCGAUCUUUAUUCUUACGAUAUCAUCGAUCGAUCUUCGGCUUUUGAGGGUUCCACUUCUUUUGCUUCAAUACCCCUUCAACCUAUUCCCAGAAACUCUUCAAUCCACUCCGGCCCGAUUUUCACGUCGGGCCUUGUUCCGGCUUCUGGCCCGAUAGAGCGCGGCUUCAUGUCCGGCCCGAUUGAGAGGGGAUUUCAAUCGGGCCCGCUUGAUCGUGGUCUUUAUUCGGGCCCUCUCGAAAGGGGCUGUUCUGAUCAGUUCCAGAGAAGCUAUUCACAUGGUUUUGCCCUUCGAUCCAGAUCAAGAAAAGGGUCAUUCUUUCGGGUCCUUCAAAGAGCUAUAUCAAAGACCUUAUCAAGAGGUCAAAAUUCUAUUGUUGCGCCGAUUAAAGGAUCAAUUUCAGUAAAAGAAAGUGAUUGGGUUGUGGGUUCUGAAAAACAGAACGAAUUGACUAUAAGCAGUGUGAAUUUCAGCAGUGAGUGCAGUUUGGAUGAUGAUGACACUUUAGAUAAUCAGAAUCUUCAGUGGGCUCAAGGGAAAGCCGGUGAAGAUCGUGUUCAUGUUGUAGUUUCUGAAGAACAUGGUUGGGUUUUUGUCGGGAUUUACGAUGGAUUCAAUGGUCCUGAUGGACCUGAUUUCUUGGUAUCCAAUUUGUACUCAGCUGUUCACAAAGAGCUCAAAGGAUUGUUAUGGGAUGACAAAUUAGAUAAUAAUUCCUCUGUCCCAAUCCCAUCUACGAGUUUGGUGGUGGAAGAAUCUAAUCAGACUCUUGACGAUGAAUUCUCGAGGGAUAGGAGUAAAGAUAGUUGUUCAAGAUGUGUUGAGCAAGAGAAUUAUCCUUCAGCAAGGGAGGAUCUUUCAUUCGAUUCGCGGUUAAAGAAAAAGAGGGGGAAGGGUUCAAAGAACAGGUACAGAGGAGUAUCAAAGAAAUGGGAAGAGAAUCAGAGGAGAUGGCGGUGCGAAUGGGACAGGGAAAGAUUAGAACUUGACAGGAGAUUGAAGGAGCAGCUGAAUGGAAACGGUUCAAAUGGAUCAGGAUCAGUUAAUCAUGCAGAUGUAUUGAAAGCACUUUCUCAAGCAUUGAAGAAAACAGAGGAGGCAUAUUUGGAUCUAGCUGAUAGGAUGAAUAUGGAGAAUCCUGAAUUGGCUUUGAUGGGUUCUUGUGUUCUUGUCAUGUUAAUGAAAGGAGAGGAUGUUUAUGUGAUGAAUGUGGGCGAUAGUCGAGCCGUGUUAGCUCAGAAGAAAGAGCCUAAUCUCUGGAGCCAAGAUUUAGAAAGGAUCAAUGAAGAAACGUUGAAAGAUCUUGAGCUUUUCGAUGGUGAUGAGUCGAAUUGUGUACCUGAUUUAACUGCUUUUCAGCUUAGUACAGAUCAUAGCACCUCUGUGGAAGAGGAAGUUCAAAGAAUAAAAAGUGAACAUCCAGAUGAUGCAUGUGCCCUGAUGAAUGACCGCGUUAAAGGUUCAUUGAAGGUUACUAGGGCUUUUGGUGCUGGUUUCCUCAAACAGCCUAAAUGGAACAAUGCACUUCUUGAGAUGUUCAGAAUUGAUUAUAUAGGAACUUCCCCCUACAUCAGUUGUCUUCCAUCUCUCUAUCAUCACAGGUUAGGGCCAAGAGACAGGUUUUUGAUACUAUCGUCGGAUGGGCUCUAUCAGUACUUCACAAACGAAGAAGCUGUAUUAGAAGUCGAACAUUUCAUCUCAUGGUCACCAGAAGGAGAUCCAGCACAACAUCUCAUCGAGAAAGUAUUGUUUCGUGCUGCAAAAAAAGCAGGUAUGGAGUUUCAUGAGUUGCUUGAAAUUCCACAAGGGGACCGACGCCGAUACCAUGAUGAUGUUUCAAUAAUAGUUAUUUCUUUGGAGGGGAGAAUAUGGAGAUCCAGUGCAUAAGUAGGAAGAAAAAAAAGAGUUAAUAGACCUAUUCAAAAAAAAAAAUGAAAAUCAAACAUCCAAUUUUUGUUCUUUCCUAAGUCACCAUUUUGUAAAUAGCAGAUAAGCCCUGGAACCAGAGUUGUUACUUAGUUGUAAAUGUAUUGUGGGUGGUGAUGGGAUUGUAAAGGUGUUAGAUCAACUCCUUAUCAGUUCAUAAGCUGUCAUAUAAAGUGUAAUUUUCUUUAAUAAAUGACAUCUCUAAGAAGAAACUCUGUUCAAGAAAAGGAAA